CGACAGCUCAUUGACGUAUACCUGCCUCAUGACAUCCGAGUCGCAGUCAGUGGUAGCCGAGAAGUUCCCGCCGUCGUUUAUUUUCACGGCGGUGGAUUCGGUGUAGGAAAUCGGAAGAGUUGGCUUCCGACGUGGAUGCAAACACGGCUCUCGUCUCGUGGCAUCGUUUUCAUUAGCGUCGACUAUCGGCUGAUUCCACCGUCGACAGGACACGAUGUGAUAGAGGACAUCAAGGAUGCAUUUGCCUUUGUUGCUACGCGUCUUAAUGACGAGCUGGCCCAAGCGCGGUCUGGGGUAUGUGUCGACGCUCAAGCUCUCGGGGUAGCGGGGACAAGUGCAGGUGGCCUGUGUGCUUAUCUUGCAGCUAUGCACGCCACACCUCGGCCCAAAGCCGUCGUUGCAUUAUAUGCGAUGGGUGGGGACUUUAUCACACCUCACUACCUCACGCCGAAGACCAAACCCUUCUUCCGUGGCCGCGAGAUGCUAGAUCCCCAAGACUUUGAAGAAUUCCUGCACCCUUUCGGCAAUCUUCCCGCAACUUCAGAUUCGCCUCUCGCGUAUUACUCACAGACGCACCACAUCCCGGGAUACCCUGCUAACUCACGCAUGCUCCUCGGGCGGCUAUAUCUUCAAAUGGGAAAGUUCGUGGACUACUACACGGAUCUGCACGAGCCCGAUAGUUUGAGCGUCCAGCUAAGACCAUUGGUGGAUCAGGCUUCCGAGACUGGCCCUGGUAGACCUGGAGCAGACGUCUGGCAGAAGGCGCGACAGCUCAUUCCGGAGAAGUCUCUGAGCCUUUGUCCCCAGUUCUGUGUGUCGAGAGAUUGGCCGCCGAUUUACCUGGCGCACGGCACCGAAGACUCAGCCGUCUUAAUCCAAGAGUCGCGAAAUAUGUAUGUGUUGCUGAAGCAGGCAGACGUGGACGUCACUUUGCUGGAAGUCGAGGGCAAAGAGCAUUCGUUCGAUUACGUGCCUGAUGCUGAAGAGCUACUCGGUGCCAAGUUCGAUGAGAUUGCUAAUUUUCUGGUCAAACAAUUGUCGAGGACGUAGAACUAUGGUACAAGCAAGCGUGCAAGACAAAAUGCCAAGAAGUUCAAUGC